AUGGACGACUCCCGGGACCCGGCCAGCGACCAGAUGAAGCAUUGGAAGGAGCAGCGGAACGCGCAGAAACCUGAUGUCCUCACCACUGGGGCCGGUAUUCCAAUAGGGGACAAACUUAAUACUAUGACAGUAGGGCCUCGGGGCCCCCUCCUGGUUCAGGAUGUGGUGUUCACCGACGAAAUGGCUCACUUUGACCGGGAGAGGAUUCCUGAGAGAGUCGUGCAUGCUAAAGGAGCAGGGGCUUUCGGCUACUUUGAGGUCACCCACGACAUUACCAAAUACUCCAAGGCGAAGGUGUUCGAGCAUAUUGGAAAGAGGACUCCCCUUGCAGUUCGAUUCUCCACGGUUGCUGGGGAAUCAGGCUCAGCCGACACCGUUCGUGACCCACGUGGGUUUGCAGUGAAGUUUUACACAGAGGAUGGCAAUUGGGACCUUGUUGGGAACAACACCCCCAUUUUCUUCAUCAGGGAUGCCAUACUGUUCCCGUCCUUCAUCCACAGCCAAAAGAGAAACCCUCAAACGCACCUGAAGGACCCAGACAUGGUCUGGGACUUCUGGAGCCUGCUGCCCGAGUCUCUGCAUCAGGUCUCCUUCUUGUUCAGUGAUCGGGGGAUUCCGGAUGGACACAGACACAUGAAUGGAUAUGGGUCGCAUACUUUCAAGCUGGUUAAUGCGAAUGGAGAGGCAGUUUAUUGCAAAUUCCAUUAUAAGACUGACCAGGGCAUCAAAAACCUUUCGGUCGAAGAUGCAGCCAGACUCUCCCAAGAAGACCCUGACUAUGGGCUUCGGGAUCUCUUUAAUGCCAUCGCCACCGGCAACUACCCCUCCUGGACUUUUUACAUCCAGGUCAUGACCUUCAGUCAGGCAGAAAGUUCUCCAUUUAAUCCAUUCGAUGUUACCAAGGUUUGGCCUCACAAGGACUACCCUCUUAUCCCAGUUGGUAAGAUGGUCUUAAACCGGAACCCAGUCAAUUACUUUGCUGAGGUUGAGCAGUUGGCCUUCGACCCGAGCAACAUGCCGCCUGGCAUUGAGCCCAGCCCUGACAAGAUGCUUCAGGGCCGCCUUUUUUCCUAUCCUGACACUCACCGCCACCGCCUGGGCCCCAACUACCUCCAGAUCCCUGUGAACUGUCCCUACCGUGCUCGAGUGGCCAACUACCAGCGUGACGGCCCCAUGUGCGUGGUGGACAACCAGGGUGGGGCUCCCAACUACUACCCCAACAGCUUCAGCGCCCCCGAGCAGCAGCCGCGGUUCGCCCUGGAGAGCAGCACCCAUUUCUCCGGGGACGUGCGGCGCUACAACAGUGCCAACGACGACAACGUCUCCCAGGUGCGGACGUUCUAUACCAAAGUGCUGAACGAGGAGCAGAGGAAGCGCCUGUGUGAGAACAUCGCGGGCCACCUGAAGGACGCCCAGCAGUUCAUCCAGAAGAAAGCGGUCAAGAACUUCAGCGAUGUCCAUCCUGACUACGGGGCCCGCAUCCAGGCUCUGUUGGACAAGUACAACGCCGAGAAGCCUAAGAAUGCGAUUCACACCUUCACUCAGCAUGGGUCUCACCUGGCUGCAAGGGAGAAAGCUAACCUGUGA